UUGCCCUAGGGUGAUUAUUUGGCGCUGGGCAUAGUCCUGCCGUGCCUCCGAGGAGACGGGCGUCGCGGAGAAGAGCCGUUGGUUCGUGUGUGUGUGUGGAAUAUCUGCAGACAUGACUGCGUGGAGGAAAUUCAAGUCGCUGUCACUGCUUCGGGUCCUGCUGGCUCUGGGCGCGGGGCUCCUCACUGCAGCGAAGGAUCAAAACUGUGGAGGCUUAGUCCAGGGUCCAAAUGGCACCAUCGAGAGCCCAGGAUUUCCUCAUGGUUAUCCAAACUAUGCGAACUGCACCUGGAUCAUUAUCACAGGAGAACGCAAUAGGAUACAAUUGUCAUUUCAUACUUUUGCUCUUGAAGAAGACUUUGAUAUUUUAUCAGUUUAUGAUGGACAACUCCAACAAGGGAAUUUAAAAGUGAGAUUAUCAGGAUUUCAGCUACCCUCCUCUAUAGUAAGCACAGGAUCUAUCCUCACUCUGUGGUUCACGACAGAUUUUGCUGUGAGUGCCCAAGGUUUUAAAGUCCUAUAUGAAGUUUUGCCCAGUCACACCUGUGGAAAUCCUGGAGAAAUAAUGAAAGGAGUUCUCCAUGGAACAAGAUUCAACAUAGGAGACAAAAUCCGAUACAGCUGUCUCUCUGGUUAUAUCUUGGAAGGACAUGCAAUUCUGACCUGCAUUGUUAGCCCUGGGAAUGGUGCAUCAUGGGAUUUUCCAGCUCCAUUUUGCAGAGCUGAGGGUGCGUGCGGAGGAACCUUACGAGGAACAAGCAGCACCAUUUCUAGUACCCACUUUCCGUCUGAGUAUGAAAACAAUGCCGACUGCACCUGGACCAUUCUUGCUGAGCCGGGGGACACCAUUGCUUUAGUCUUUACAGACUUUCAGCUAGAAGAAGGGUAUGAUUUCUUAGAGAUCAGUGGGACCGAAGCACCGUCAAUAUGGCUGACUGGCAUGAACCUUCCUUCUCCUGUUAUCAGUAGCAAGAACUGGUUACGACUCCAUUUCACAUCUGACAGUAACCAUCGACGCAAAGGAUUCAAUGCUCAGUUUCAAGUGAAAAAGGCAAUUGAAUUGAAGUCAAGAGGAGUCAAGAUGCUGCCCAGCAAGGACAGUAGCCAUAAAAACUCAGUCUUGACUCAAGGAGGCGUGGCUUUGGUCUCUGACAUGUGUCCAGAUCCUGGAAUUCCAGAAAAUGGUCGAAGAGCUGGCUCUGACUUCAGGGUUGGUGCAAAUGUGCAGUUCUCCUGUGAGGACAGUUACGUGCUCCAGGGCUCCAAGAGCAUCACCUGCCAGAGGGUCACAGAGACACUCGCUGCUUGGAGUGACCACCGACCCAUCUGCCGAGCAAGAACAUGCGGAUCCAACCUGCGAGGACCCAGUGGUAUCAUUACAUCCCCCAAUUAUCCAGUCCAGUAUGAAGACAAUGCACACUGUGUCUGGGUCAUCACUACCACAGACCCUGACAAGGUCAUCAAACUUGCCUUUGAAGAGUUUGAACUGGAACGAGGAUAUGACACCCUUACAGUAGGGGAUGCUGGGAAAGUGGGUGACACCAGAACUGUCUUAUACGUACUGACUGGAUCCAGUGUUCCUGAUCUUAUUGUGAGUAUGAGCAACCAGAUGUGGUUACAUCUACAAUCUGAUGACAGCAUUGGCUCACCUGGAUUUAAAGCUAUUUACCAAGAAAUUGCAAAGGGAGGAUGUGGAGACCCAGGAAUUCCCGCCUAUGGGAAACGGACAGGCAGCAGCUUCCUUCAUGGAGAUACGCUCACCUUCGAAUGCCAGGCUGCCUUUGAGCUGGUGGGGGAGAGAGUGAUCACCUGCCAGCAGAACAACCAGUGGUCUGGCAACAAGCCCAGUUGCGUCUUUUCAUGUUUCUUCAAUUUCACCGCGCCCUCGGGGAUUAUUCUCUCACCAAACUAUCCAGAGGAAUAUGGGAACAACAUGAACUGUGUGUGGUUGAUUAUAUCCGAGCCAGGGAGCAGAAUUCACCUCAUUUUUAAUGAUUUUGAUGUGGAACCUCAGUUUGACUUCCUUGCAGUUAAAGAUGAUGGCAUUUCAGAUGUAACUGUGCUUGGUACUUUUUCUGGUAAUGAAGUGCCUUCCCAGCUGGCCAGCAGUGGACACAUAGCACGCUUGGAAUUUCAGUCUGAUCACUCUACUACCGGCAGGGGGUUCAACAUAACGUACACAACAUUUGGUCAGAAUGAGUGCCAUGAUCCUGGCAUUCCUAUCAAUGGCCGUCGCUUUGGCGAUCGGUUUCUCCUUGGCAGCUCGGUCUCUUUCCACUGCGAUGAUGGCUUCGUCAAAACCCAAGGGUCGGAGUCCAUCACCUGCAUCCUGCAAGACGGAAACGUUGUCUGGAGUUCUGCCGUGCCCCGAUGUGAAGCACCAUGUGGUGGGCAUUUGACAGCUUCAAGUGGAGUCAUUUUGCCUCCUGGAUGGCCAGGAUAUUAUAAAGAUUCUUUAAAUUGCGAAUGGAUAAUUGAAGCAAAACCAGGACACUCCAUAAAAAUAACUUUUGACAGAUUUCAGACUGAAGUCAAUUACGACACACUAGAAGUCCGAGAUGGGCCGGCAAAUUCAUCCCCGCUGAUUGGAGAGUACCACGGCACUCAAGCACCGCAGUUCCUCAUCAGCACAGGGAAUUUCAUGUACCUCCUGUUCACCACAGACAACAGCCGCUCCAGUGUGGGAUUCCUCAUUCACUAUGAAAGCGUAACGUUAGAGUCAGAUUCGUGCCUUGAUCCGGGAAUCCCUGUGAAUGGUCAUCGGCAAGGCAAUCACUUUGGCAUUGGAGCUACAGUGACGUUCAGCUGUGAUCCAGGGUAUACAUUAAGCGAUGAUGAGCCCCUUGUCUGUGAGAGGAGCCAUCAGUGGAACCACGCGUUACCCAGCUGUGAUGCCUUGUGUGGAGGCUACGUUCAUGGAAAGAGUGGAACAGUCCUUUCGCCUGGGUUUCCAGACUUUUAUCCGAACUCUCUAAACUGUACAUGGACCAUUGAAGUGUCUCAUGGCAAGGGAGUUCAGAUGAUCUUUCACACUUUCCACCUUGAGAGUUCUCACGACUACCUACUGAUCACAGAGGAUGGAAGUUUUACCGAGCCUGUUGCCAGACUCACGGGCUCCGUCUUGCCCCAUACUAUUAAGGCAGGUUUGUUUGGAAACUUCACAGCCCAGCUUCGGUUUAUAUCAGAUUUUUCAAUUUCCUAUGAGGGCUUCAACAUCACAUUUUCAGAAUACGACUUAGAGCCCUGUGAUGAUCCCGGUGUCCCUGCCUUCAGCAGAAGGAUUGGUUUUCAGUUUGGCGUUGGCGACACUCUGACUUUUUCCUGCUUUCCAGGAUAUCGCCUAGAAGGUGCAACCAAGCUUACCUGCCUGGGCGGGGGCCGUCGUGUGUGGAGUGCACCUCUGCCAAGGUGUGUGGCUGAAUGUGGAGCAAGUGUCAAAGGAAAUGAAGGAACAUUACUGUCUCCAAAUUUCCCAUCAAAUUAUGAUAAUGACCAUGAGUGUAUCUAUAAAAUAGAAACAGAAGCUGGCAAGGGGAUCCAUCUCAGAGCUCGGAACUUUCAGCUGUGUGAAGGAGAUAUUCUAAAGGUAUAUGAUGGAAAAGAUAGUUCAUCACGCUCACUGGGAGCCUUCACAAAAAACGAACUUAUGGGACUGGUCCUCAAUAGCACUUCGAACCACCUAUGGCUAGAAUUCAACACCAACGGGUCUGACACUGACCAAGGCUUUCAGCUCACAUACACUAGUUUUGAUCUGGUAAAAUGUGAAGACCCAGGGGUCCCUAACUAUGGGUAUAAGAUCCGAGAUGAAGGCCACUUCACUGACACAGUGGUUCUGUACAGUUGCAACCCAGGCUACGCCAUGCACGGCAGCAGCACUUUGACCUGCCUGAGCGGAGACCGGCGGGUAUGGGAUAAGUCAUUGCCAUCUUGCGUAGCGGAAUGUGGCGGCCGGAUCCACGUCGCCACUUCAGGGCGCAUAUUGUCUCCUGGUUACCCAGCUCCCUACGACAACAAUCUCCACUGCACUUGGAUUGUAGAGGCAGACCCAGGAAAGACCAUCAGCCUUCAUUUCAUUGUUUUUGACACCGAGAUGGCUCAUGAUAUCCUCAAGGUCUGGGAUGGUCCGGUCGACAGCAACAUCUUGCUCAAGGAGUGGAGCGGUUCUGCGCUUCCAGAGGACAUCCACAGCACCUUCAACUCGCUCACGCUGCAGUUCGACAGUGACUUUUUCAUCAGCAAGUCAGGCUUCUCCAUUCAGUUCUCAACAACAGUUGCAUCGACCUGUAAUGACCCCGGCAUGCCUCAGAAUGGCACCCGCUAUGGAGACAGCAGGGAACCCGGAGAUACUAUCACGUUCCAGUGUGACCCUGGCUACCAGCUCCAAGGGCAAGCCAAAAUCACCUGUGUGCAGUUGAAUAACCGAUUCUUUUGGCAACCGGAUCCUCCCACAUGUAUAGCUGCUUGUGGAGGGAACCUGAGUGGCCCGGCGGGUGUUAUUUUGUCACCUAACUACCCACAACCGUACCCUCCCGGGAAAGAGUGUGACUGGAGAAUAAGAGUGAACCCCGACUUUGUCAUUGCCUUGAUGUUCAAAAGCUUCAACAUGGAACCUAGCUAUGACUUUCUACACAUCUAUGAAGGGGAGGAUUCAAACAGCCCACUCAUUGGAAGUUUCCAGGGCUCUCAAGCCCCCGAAAGAAUAGAGAGUAGUGGAGACAGCCUUUUUCUGGCAUUUCGGAGUGACGCAUCUGUGGGUUUGUCUGGGUUCGCCAUUGAAUUUAAAGAGAAACCACGGGAAGCAUGUUUUGAUCCUGGAAAUAUAAUGAAUGGGACAAGAGUUGGAACAGAUUUCAAACUUGGCUCAACAAUCACUUACCAGUGUGACUCUGGAUAUAAGAUUGUUGACCCCUCAUCUAUCACAUGUGUUAUUGGUGCAGAUGGAAAACCAGCCUGGAACAGAGUCUUACCCUCCUGUAAUGCUCCCUGUGGAGGCCAAUACACUGGAUCAGAAGGAGUUGUUUUGUCCCCAAACUACCCUCAUAAUUACACAGCUGGUCAAAUCUGCCUCUAUUCGAUAACUGUACCAAAGGAAUUUGUGGUGUUUGGACAGUUUGCCUAUUUUCAGACGGCACUGGAUGACUUGGCGGAGUUAUUCGAUGGAACACAUGCACAGGCCCGGCUUCUCAGUUCACUCUCUGGAUCUCACUCAGGCGAAACACUGCCUUUGGCUACAUCAAAUCAAAUUCUGCUCCGGUUCAGUGCAAAAAGUGGAGCAUCUGCCAGGGGGUUCCACUUUGUCUACCAAGCUGUUCCUCGUACCAGCGAUACCCAGUGUAGCUCUGUCCCAGAGCCCAGAUAUGGAAGGAGGAUCGGUUCUGAAUUUUCUGCAGGUUCCAUUGUUCGUUUUGAAUGUAACCCAGGCUACCUACUUCAAGGCUCCACAGCUAUCCGCUGUCAGUCUGUGCCCAAUGCUCUAGCGCAGUGGAAUGACACCAUCCCAAGCUGCGUAGUUCCCUGCAGUGGCAAUUUCACUCAGCGGAGAGGCACCGUCUUAUCUCCUGGUUACCCGGAGCCCUACGGUAACAACUUAAACUGCGUCUGGAAAAUCAUAGUGACAGAGGGCUCCGGGAUUCAGAUUCAAGUGAUCAGCUUUGCCACCGAGCAGAAUUGGGACUCCCUCGAGAUUUAUGAUGGUGCCGAUAUGACCGCGCCGAGACUGGGCAGCUUUUCAGGUACUACUGUGCCCGCGUUACUGAACAGUACUUCCAAUCAACUCUACUUACACUUUCAAUCUGAUAUCAGUGUGGCGGCUGCAGGCUUUCACCUGGAAUAUAAAACCGUCGGUCUUGCUGCGUGUCAAGAACCAGCUCUUCCUAGCAACGGCAUCAAAACAGGAGAUCGAUACAUGGUGAACGACGUGCUGUCCUUUCAGUGCGAGCCCGGGUACACGUUGCAGGGUCGGUCCCACAUUUCUUGCAUGCCGGGAACAGUCCGCCGCUGGAACUACCCCUCUCCACUCUGCAUCGCGACAUGCGGAGGCACGCUGAGCAGUCUGCGUGGAGUCAUCCUGAGCCCCGGAUUCCCAGGCGCUUACCCCAAUAACUUAGACUGCACCUGGACGAUCACGUUGCCCAUUGGCUAUGGUGCACAUAUUCAAUUUCUGAAUUUUUCAACUGAAGCUAACCAUGACUACCUAGAAAUUCAAAAUGGACCGUAUCACACCAGCCCGAUGAUUGGGCAGUUCAGUGGCAUGGAUCUGCCCUUAGGACUGCUGAGCACAACCCAUGAGACACUCAUUCACUUUUACAGUGAUCAUUCGCAAAACCGGCAAGGAUUUAAGCUUGCUUAUCAAGCUUAUGAAUUACAGAACUGCCCAGAUCCACCUCCUUUUCAAAAUGGGUAUAUGAUCAACUCAGAUUAUAGUGUGGGACAAUCAGUAUCUUUUGAAUGCUACCCUGGGUACAUUUUAAUAGGCCAUUCGGUUCUCACUUGUCUGCAUGGAAUCAACAGAAAUUGGAACUAUCCUUUUCCAAGAUGUGAUGCUCCUUGUGGCUAUAAUGUUACAUCUCAGAAUGGGACUAUAUAUUCCCCUGGAUUUCCAGAUGAAUAUCCAAUUUUAAAGGAUUGCAUUUGGCUUAUCACUGUUCCUCAGGGCCAUGGAGUAUAUAUUAACUUCACCUUGUUGCAAACUGAAGCUGUGAAUGAUUAUAUCGCUGUAUGGGACGGUCCUGACCAGAACUCGCCUCAGCUGGGAGUUUUCAGUGGAAAUACAGCCCUUGAAACAGCUUAUAGCUCCACCAAUCAAGUCCUGCUCAAAUUUCACAGUGACUUUUCAAAUGGAGGCUUCUUUGUCCUCAAUUUCCAUGCAUUUCAACUCAAGAAGUGUCAGUCUCCUCCAGCAGUUCCACUGGCAGAAAUACUUACUGAAGAUGAAGAUUUUGAAAUAGGUGACUUUGUGAAGUAUCAGUGUCAUCCCGGGUACACAUUAUCAGGAACUGAUACGCUGACCUGCAAGCUCAGUUCCCAACUGCAGUUUGAAGGCUCCCUCCCAACAUGUGAAGCACAAUGCCCAGCAAAUGAAGUCCGCACAGCAUCGUCCGGAGUAAUCCUCAGUCCAGGGUAUCCAGGCAACUAUUUCAACUCCCAGACGUGCUCUUGGAGUAUUAAAGUGGACCCAAACUAUAACAUUACCCUCUUUGUGGAUACAUUUCAAAGUGAAAAACAAUUUGAUGCACUGGAAGUAUUUGAUGGUCCUUCUGGGCAAAGUCCUCUAUUGGUCGUCUUAAGCGGAAACCAUACUGAACAAUCCAAUUUUACAAGUAAAGGUAAUCAGCUGUAUCUCCGUUGGUCCACGGAUCAUGCAACCAGUAAAAAAGGAUUCAAAAUUCGUUAUGCAGCGCCUUACUGCAGUUUGACGCCCACAGUGAAGAAUGGUGGCAUUUUAAACAGGACGGCAGGAACAGUUGGAAGUCAAGUGCAUUAUUUUUGCAAGCCUGGCUACAGAAUGAUUGGCCACAGCAAUGCAACUUGUGUGCGGAACCCAGUUGGCAUGUAUCAAUGGGACUCCCCCUCGCCUCUCUGCCAGGCUGUGUCCUGUGGAAUUCCAGAAUCCCCAGGAAAUGGUUCCUUUAUUGGCAAUGAGUUUGCUUUGGACAGUAAAUUGAUAUAUGAAUGCAAUGAAGGCUUUAAACUUGAAGCUAGCCAACAAGCCACAGCAGUAUGUCAAGAAGAUGGAUUUUGGAGUAACAAAGGGAAGCCACCUAACUGUAAACCGGUCACUUGCACUAGUAUUGAAACACAGCUUGCUGAACAUGUCAUCUGGAGACUGGUUUCGGGAUCCUUAAAUGAAUAUGGAGCUCAAGUAGUGCUGAGCUGUAGUCCUGGUUAUUAUUUAGAGGGGAGAAGGCUCAUCCAGUGCCAAGCUAAUGGAACAUGGAGCGUAGGAGACGAGAGACCAAGUUGCAUGGUCAUUUCAUGUGGGAGCCUGUCUUUCCCCCCGAAUGGUAACAAGAUUGGAACCCUGACAAUGUACGGAGCCACGGCCAUCUUCACAUGUAACACGGGCUACACACUUGUUGGCUCGCAUGUCAGAGAAUGUUUAGCAAAUGGACUCUGGAGUGGUACCGAAACACGGUGUCUUGCUGGCCACUGCGGUUCUCCUGAUCCAAUUGUGAAUGGUCAUAUCAGUGGAGACGGCUUCAGUUACCGAGACACCGUGGUUUAUCAGUGCAAUCCCGGUUUCCGUCUUGUUGGAACGUCCGUUCGGAUCUGCUUGCAGGACCACAAGUGGUCUGGACAAACGCCUGUGUGUGUCCCCAUCACGUGCGGUCACCCUGGAAACCCUGCCCGGGGUUUCACAAAUGGCAGUGAAUUCAACCUGAAUGAUGUGGUGAAUUUCACUUGCAACACCGGCUACUUGCUGCAGGGGGCUUCUCGAGCCCAGUGUCGGAGCAAUGGCCAAUGGAGUGGUCUCUUGCCCACAUGUCGAGUGGUGAACUGUUCAGAUCCAGGCUUUGUGGAAAAUGCUAUUCGUCAUGGACAACAGAAUUCCCCUGAGAAUUUUGAAUAUGGAAUCAGUGUCAUGUAUCAUUGCAAGAAGGGAUUUUACUUGUUGGGAUCAUCUGCAUUAACCUGCAUGGCAAAUGGCUUAUGGGACCGUUCUUUACCGAAGUGUUUGGCUAUAUCAUGUGGACACCCAGGGGUUCCUGCCAAUGCGAUCCUAACUGGAGAAGUGUUUACCUAUGGAUCCAUAGUUCACUACUCAUGUAAAGGAAGCCGGAAUCUUAUCGGCAACAACACCCGAGUUUGUCAGGAAGACAGUCACUGGAGCGGAGCGCUGCCCCAUUGUACAGGAAAUAAUCCUGGAUUUUGCGGUGAUCCAGGGACCCCAGCACAUGGAUCUAGACUUGGAGAUGAAUUUAAGACAAAAAGCCUUCUUCGCUUUUCCUGUGAGAUGGGUUACCAGCUGAGGGGCUCUCCUGAACGAACGUGCUUGCUUAAUGGAUCCUGGUCAGGACUGCAGCCCGUGUGUGAGGCCAUGUCCUGUGGCAAUCCCGGCACGCCCACCAAUGGCAUGAUCCUCAGUAGCGAUGGGGUGCUCUUCUCCAGCUCCGUCAUCUAUGCUUGCUGGGAGGGCUACAAGACCUCAGGGCUGAUGACUCGACACUGCACAGCCAAUGGGACCUGGACCGGGACAGCUCCUGAUUGCACAAUUAUAAGUUGUGGUGACCCAGGUACACUGGCAAAUGGCAUUCAGUUUGGGAGUGAUUUCACCUUCAAUAAGACAGUUGGCUAUCAGUGUAACCCUGGCUACUUUAUGGAACCCGCUGCUGCCUCCACUAUCCAUUGCACUAAAGACGGGACCUGGAAUCAGAGCAAGCCUGUCUGCAAAGCUGUCAUGUGCAGUCAACCUCCUCAAGUGCAGCAUGGAAAAGUGGAAGGGACAGAUUUCCACUGGGGCUCCAGCAUCAGUUACAGCUGUGUUGAUGGUUACCAGCUGUCUCACUCGGCCAUCCUCUCCUGUGAAGGUCGUGGGGUGUGGAAGGGAGAGAUUCCUCAGUGUCUCCCUCUAUUCUGUGGAGAUCCUGGCACUCCUGCCGAGGGGCGAAUUAAUGGGAGAAGUUUCACCUACCAAUCCGAAGUCUUCUUCCAAUGCAAGUCUCCAUUUAUACUAGUGGGUUCUUCAAGAAGGAUCUGCCAAGCUGAUGGCACAUGGAGUGGCAUACAGCCCACAUGCAUUGAUCCUUCUCAUAACAACUGUCCAGACCCUGGCACCCCUCAGUUUGGGGUACAGAACAGCUCUAGAGGAUAUGAGGUUGGAAGCACAGUAUUUUUCAGAUGCAGAAAAGGUUAUCAUAUCCAAGGUUCAACAACCAGAACUUGCCUUGCAAAUUUAACAUGGAGUGGAAUACAAACUGAAUGUAUACCUCAUGCUUGUAGACAGCCAGAAACCCCAGCCCACGCAGACGUGAGAGCAAUUGAUCUUCCUACGUUUGGUUACACCUUAGUGUACACCUGCCACCCAGGAUUUUUCCUUGCCGGUGGGUCUGAACACAGGACGUGUCAAGCAGAUAUGAAAUGGACGGGAAAGUCACCUGUUUGUAAAAGUAAAGGAGUGAGAGAAGUUAAUGAGACCGUCACUAAAGCCCCAGUUCCUUCAGAUGUAUUUUUUAUUAAUUCCGUGUGGAAGGGAUAUUAUGAAUAUUUAGGGAAAAGACAACCCGCAACUCUCACUGUUGACUGGUUCAAUGCAACGAGUAGUAAGGUCAAUGCAACCUUCCGGGAAGCUGCUCACGUGGAGCUGAAGUUGACAGGAGUUUACAAGAAGGAGGAAGCCCAUUUACUUCUGAAAGCUUUUCAGAUUAAAGUUCCAAUGGAUAUUUUUGUAAGCAAGUUUGAAAAUGACAACUGGGGACUGGAUGGCUAUGUAUCAUCAGGACUUGAAAGAGGAGGAUUUACCUUUCAAGGCAAUAUACAUGGAAAAGACUUUGGAAAAUUCAAACUAGAAAGGCAAGAUCCCUCAAACCCUGAUCAAGAUUCUUCAAAUCAUUAUCACGGCACCAGCAGUGGCUCUGUUGCUGCUGCCAUCCUGGUCCCAUUCUUUGCUCUGAUUUUAUCGGGGUUUGCAUUUUACCUCUACAAACACAGAACAAGACCAAAAGUUCAGUAUAAUGGUUAUGCUGGCCACGAAAACAGCAAUGGACAAGCUUCAUUUGAAAACCCUAUGUAUGACACAAACUUAAAACCGACAGAAGCAAAGGCUGUGCGGUUUGACACAACUCUGAACACAGUCUGCACAGUGGUAUAGCCCUCAGUGCCCCAAUAGGACUGAUUCAUAGCCAUACCUCUGAUGGACAAGCAGUAAUUCCUUUGGUGCCGUAUACCACUCUCCCUUCUACUCUUGGCUUUGCUGCAGCGACCCUUAACAUCUUCUACUGGCAUCCAUGCAGUGAGAAUGUCUAGUAUCAGAGUAUCGAGUCUUCUGAGGUUCAAACUACAAUUGCAUCUUCAUUCUGAAAGUGGAUUCAAAAUGCCUGGCUGCAACUGCUUGAACUUAGAUGACACAAUUAAGGAAGACUGCCAAGUCAUGCCAACAGGUCAUACGUCAUGCCUCAGACUUUCAUAUUUCUUUGUGUGGCUGGGAUGCCUUUCAAUGCAAUCUUCUGGGCACUUGGAUACAUCCUGUGGGUGCAGUGACAAAAUGAUAGCACCACACUAUUUUUGUUUGUUUGUUUGUUUUAGCCCCCAUAGACAUGAAUAGUUUGAAAACAAAACAACAACAAAAAAGCUUUCAUGAAGAAGAUACCCUUUCUGAUAGAUGCACACACCUCCAAAUGCUUCACUCUGCCACCCCAGAGACCUGACAACCUUGGAGAAACUCACCUUGUCUCUGUGUUCAUUCCUAGGGCCAUUUGCAAAUUUCCCAGUCAGCUCUUCUAUUGCAGAAUUUUCGAUGCACAAUUUUUGCACUAGUGUAUUAUGAAUGACUGAGUAAGAUUCUGAUAAACAAACUAUUUACACAGGGUUUAUACACACUAUCAUUGUAUAUACACACCCUCUCAUAUUUCCAAGCUAAACAUUCCACUAUCGGUUUAGUUGAUAUGAAGGAAAGAAAAAAAGACAACCCAGAUAUGGGACAGGUAUUAAAAGGAAGUCUGCUCUGGAAAUGGUUUAUUAUAUCAAUACUUAUAUUAGUUAUAUUUAUGUGUUGACUGCACUGAAGAAUGCCAAUGAGGAGAGAGGGAGAAAAGAGGAGGCCUUUUUAAAAUUCCCCAUGUGUUUUCUUCCUUCCAGGUCACCGUCACUCAACCAUAGUCCAUAUUCUGCUCCUUAACUGCAGGGUGUUUGCAGCAAUUGCUAUUUGUCAUGUAAAAAUGUGAAUAGUAAUUUAUUUUAGAUAAAUGCAGUUUUCUCUUUUAUAUUGUUACCUUUUAAUUUUCCCCUUGGGGUGCCAUCCUUCUAUGAUAUUGCAUUGAAAGACAACAUUCUACAGUAGCACCUUAAACUCAGUGGAAAAUGCUUCAUAUCAAAAUAUUAAAUUUCCCUCUGGGAGCCAAGAAAAAACACAUGUCCUCUCCUCUCCUAAUGCCAUAUUUUAUAUAUUAAUUUGUCUAUGUUUCAUGCUUUAUACAUCUAAUAGAAGGCAACAUUUAGUGAUUUGGGAAUGUAUGAAAUUCAUUUACAGACUGAUACCUUAUGAUUUAUGAUAAAAAAUGAAAUAUGUAUGAUUCCCAAUGUGGAGAAACUCAAAUAGAACCUGUGGAAAUGGGAAUGUUUUGGUAACAAAUUCGGAGUAAAAUGAUGUUUAUUUUUAUUUAUACUUGCUUGAGAAAAUAAGGUUUGUUUUAAUAUUUUAUUUCAAAGUACAUAUUCCAUCCACUGAAAACCUCCCCUUUUCGCCUUCCCAGAUUGGCAGCAAUAGAAAUAGGAGAAUCUUGAAAUUGGCCUUCACUAGCUGAAGUGCAUUGCACAUAGCUUCCCAGACUGGUUAUGUGUCUGUCUGUUGCCUAUUCAUCAGGAGUGGACCGUGGGAGCAAAAAAGUCAGGACAAGAGCUCUUUGUGCUUUAAUCCAUGCAUUUUUCUUUGGACAUUUUAGUAGUUCUUUUGAUUUGGUUCCCAGCUGUUUGGUUCCCUCGCAUUAAGGUGGCAUCCACUUAGCAGGGCAUAACAAACCUCUUCUAGCUCCUUCCUGGCCUUUUGCAACCAGUCCCACAUGAUCAUGCAGAAUUCUCUGCAUAUUGUCCUCUAGCCAACCUGACGACAUUUCCAGAGAUUGCUUCACAACCUGGAGACCUCGUGGAACUGUUUUGCAGUAGUCUAGAUGAGGUCAGCCGGAGCCAAGUUCCUAAUACACACAUGGAAGUAAAACAUACCGACCAUUGCAGGAAGUUUGGAGAUCAUUGUGUGCAAGGGAGAACAGGGUUACCAUAUAUAUAUUAGGUGUAUAUAUAUACAUAUAUAUAUAUUGUACAUAUCUAAGUUUGAGUCAUUCAAACUAGGUGCAAAAUGCUGACUUCAGAGUCUGAAUUAAUGUCUCUGUUCUCAUAUCCUGACCUGCUUGCUGGUCAAUGACGUUAUGAAAUCCUGAAAUCACAGGAGAUACAUCCAUUCAAGAAACCACAUAUCAGAUCAGAUACUUUUUCCUUUGUGCGCAAAGUCAAACUAACCUUUGGUUGCCGGUUUGGAGCAUGUUAUUAAAAAAAAAUCAACCAACGGAAUUCUCUUGUGAGAAAUAUGCCUAGUUUAUUCAUCGGGUGUGUGCAGUAUUUAAUCAAUUUUCCUGUGAGGUGUUGGAAGGCUCUUGUGAUGGCGUCAGGAAUCGUACUGACUGCGCUAGGUCUUCGAAAACGUUUCCCUGAAGGCAACCAGGACACGUGCGAGGGGAAGCAACCCCGUAUGCUCACAACAGGUUGUGUGCUUCAGAGCUGUUUAAAACUGCUGCUUCUCCCACACAUCUUGCCUUUCUUCAGUUCAGGCUAGCUGCAAUAAUUUUUUUCUUCUGUAAACUAUUUUGUAAGCAACAAUAACAAAACGUUAUUAUAAAAGGGAAAAAAGAACGCUGGCAUUAUGAUCAGGUUAACCCAUCAUCAUUCCCACCGUCCCAUCUUGCCAUUUCACCACAUGCUGCUGACAUGAAGUAGGUGCAAAAGACCUUUUUGUACAGAGAUAUAUUUUUUAUGAAGAAUUUGUAAAAUUAUUAAAUAUGCUGUAAUUUUUUGAUUAAUGUAGGUAAAUUGUUCAAAAUAAAUGUUUUUACAAUACAAAACUGUAAUUUUCCCAGUAAUGUAAAAUGUAUCAUCUCUAGCCGAUUUUCAGUUUCAAUCCUAUUACACAUGUAUUAAUAUUAAAGUGGCCUGUUAAAAUGAACAGUAUCUUUUUUGUCAAAAAAUUAUAAAGAAAGUGUAAUAUAGCUUGUGCAAUGCCACCUAUCUUUAAAGCAAA